CUUCAGCCCAGAUGCAAAUUUAUCGGCUCAGACUCACCACUUUAGCAUUUUGCAGACUUCUGCGUUGGGAUGAUAUAGCAACGUGCUAGAAGCUUCUCACCACAGUGCCAACAGGGUCCCUUUUCAGCAAUGGAGACUUGUUUAUUUGCAGCUAAUUUCUGGGGCGAGAAGCAUGCUGGGUUUGAUAUUUUAUACCAAAAUUUGAAAUUGGAUACUCGUUCAACGAGCGACUUGGUGGAUUUUUUACGGGAAAGUGGCGCGGCAGAGGAUGCCUACUCAAAGUCAUUGUGGAAGCUUUCAAAACAGACUGCCUCCAGCAUCACAGCCAACGCCUUUAGGCCAUGCUGGUCACUUGUCCACCGGCUGACAGAGUCUAUGGCCCAGUUACAUCAGUCACUUGCUCAAUCGCAGUUGUUGUUAAUGAAGGAUGUUCAAAAAUAUCUAGAGGAGCAGCAGAAGCGGCAUAAGUCGUUGCGGGAAAGUGAGGCAUCCACACAAGAAGUCGUUCACGCAUUCCAGGUUUCAGCGGUACAAUGGCAACGGGCCAAAGAAGUGUACAAUUCUAGGUUGGCUGAAUACCAGCGUGUCACGCGGAAUGAAUCUGUCUCCUCUCGAGAACAAGAGAAGGCUGAAACCAAGCUUAAAAAGGCCCUCGAUGAGUAUCGAUACUCUGUGGAGAAAUAUAACAAUUUGCGGACACAGUUUGUGAACAAAAUGCACUCAUCCUGUGCACAAUUUCAGGAAGUGGAAGCAUCACACUUGGACCACAUGCGCGAAUUCCUGCAUCGUUAUCACGCGAUCUUAGCGCCAUGUGGAUCAACACUGCAUGAAUUCUUCAGUCAGUUCAGAAACAACUUGGAUGGGGUGACGACUGAAGAGCUGUUGCAAACAUUUGUCAAGGAAAGAGGAACCGGCUCGGACGAGCCACAGUGCGUUGCACUGGAAGACGUGGAAGUUGCUUCCGCAUUUUCUGCGGCAAGUGCCGAUCGUGUUUCUGCCUCUCCAGCAAACAGCAUUGGUACACGAGCUCUGGAAGCCUUUUUCGGCCGAGAACCACGAGCAGCUUCUGCACUAGCGGUUGAUCAGAGUGUAGUCCUACCUGGUUCCAAUCAGGACUUACUCAGCGGCAUUAUGCCGGAGGGGCAAUCAGGACGAUGGAAUUGCGAGCUAAUUGACCUGACUGACAAUGAUGAUGAUGAUCCUUGCUCAUCAGCCUUGGUUGCUUCGCCUCCCGCAUCAGCUUCUCUUCCUCUUAACCUAUGCACUGAAAGUAAAGUCAAUGAUGGGUCGAGUCACGCCAGUCUGACAGACCUGAACGGAGAAGAGCCGCCUGUGGCAAACAUGCCAGCAAGUGUUACACCCAGUGGUGCGUGUAUUUCUGCUCCAUCGAAGCGUCGAGAAGGCUUUUUCCGGCGGCGUCGAAACUCGUUAACUCAAGAUUCCAUAUCUGCUGGAAAUGCUGUUGGAUCUAGUACCACCUUGGGCACUCCAACUGAUUCAACCGCCUCGCCGAUCCAGUCCAGUGGUAGCCUCAGUGCGUUUAAUAUCGUUGCUAAACGAGGACUGCGUCGGCUGGGGACGCCUAAUUCGAACGGGAAAGAAAAGCUCGGAAGCAAGUCAGAAAUUAAAUCAGAAGUUCCUUCCGGUAGUGAUGAUUGGCAAAUAACCACUACACCUCUCGAGCUCCCGAAGGACGAAGAGGGCUAUUCCAUUCGCCCCUCUGAUCCGUGGUCUGAGGGGCUUGGCGAUGACCAAGCCGAACUGACUAAUUCCGACUCCGGAUCUGAUUCUGAGGUAGAUGUUGUGGGACGCAGCUUUAAAGGAUUAAAGGUCAACAUCCGUCCCGUGGGCGAGUUUGCUCCCGGUGUAACUACCCUACCUUCCGACUCCGUGGCAGUACCUGUGAUUCAGAAGCUCCCAGGUGGACUGAAUCCCCCUUUGUCUAAUCGCCCCCACGCCCCCGUACUUCAUGAUCGUCGCAGCGGCCGAUCAGGCCAGCGCGAAAUUUUUAGUUGUCCUCAGCUACCUGCCAAACCUGUGCUCAGUGCCAGUCUUAUUCAACAACUGCCUACUGCCCCAGCUCUUCCUCCCCCACCGGGCGUAUUGUCGUCCGGGUCAUCAGCCACUUUCAAUCGAUCUCAGACAGUGGAUGAUGCAUGCUCUCUUCCCUGGCGGGAAACGGAUUCUUCCAGGCCAACAGUCACUAGACCCAGGUGGCCGGGUUGUCAGACAUGGAGUAAAGAGACGGGAGUCUCCGCAGCCGGAAAUGGUAUCUCCGCCAGUUCCGACUUGGGAACUUUCGAUGUCUCUCCGGAUAAACCGAAUAGUGUCUUACCAGCUGCGCGUCCUUGGGAGGAAAAUUCGUCCACAACUGUCGACAGUUUAUCAGACGUCAGGCGUUGUGCAAGUGCUGUGCCGCAUCAGUUGCGUUCUGAUGACGCGGUGGCUCAUCAAUUGACUAUGACCCAAAAGGACGAUCGAUCGGACUGGUCUGCAUUUGACUUCAAAGCAACGGAAUCUUUGGUUAGCCCGCAACUGACGAGUACCUCCGCUACAGCUUGGCCCACACAAACCAAUCACUUUGAGAACUUCACUUCUGAGCCUACUACCCCAACCCCUCCAGAACCACCCCAACGAAGCCAUAGCAAGUUUCCGGCUAACGUUGGCAGUGCCUUAUCUAUACCUUCUUUGAACGCGUUCACAGUGCCUCACUCAACGACCGCAUCGGUCAGUAGCCUACAACCCAGUCCGACUCCUCCAGGGGCUCUCUCGGUAGCCGCCGCAUUCUCCGAAACAUGGCGCGCUCACUUUCUCAACGGAGGUGGUAGUUCGUUUUCAACCAUCACACCACCUCCAGUUCAAACUGUCUCAGGCGAAUUGACCCUGGCAUUUCCCACACCGGCUGUGAAGCAGCUGGUUUCUGCAUCGUCGAUUGCACCAUUGGUGCUGAAGUUGACAAAUGCUUUUCGUCUGAGAGACAUACAAUCCAAACUAGAAGGAGCCUCCAUCACACCACUAACCGCAGAGGAAAAUCUAAUUCGCCCAUCUACUGAUUCGGCGUUGGUUGCCGUGGCGUAUGUGGUAACUGUGCCUGGCUCAGUCGUAAUCCGCUACUUGUCUGAAGAACUACAGAAACGAAUAACCAGUAAUCCUGAUACGGGCAAGUCUGACUCUACUGCAUCUGGUCCCCCAUAUAUCAAAUUAGAUUUAUUGACCUACACAGUUUCUUUCAGUGCCUACGGACAAUCGUCAAACAUCACUCCGCCCAUACACCUAUGCACCUAUUGGCGUUGUGAGCCGACUAUGACCGACUUUCGCCUGGAUUACACCACACAUUGGCCCACAAGCGAAACUACUUCAUCUGGUGUAAGACGAGGCUGUCCUCUUUCCCCUUUCCUCUUCAACUUUGUUAUUGAUAUGCUGCUUGAAAUUUAUCUGCCUGCCUCUGAAAAUCCGGUAGUCGAAAUGCUCUCGGGACGUUCCCUGACAGAAAUUGAGUAUGCAGACGAUACUGGUGUUCUUGGUUUAGAUCUUUCCCAAAUGCAAACGAUUUUAAAUGACCUAAAUAACUCUGCCGCACGGUUUGGCAUCAGCUUCACACCUGCAAAGUGUAAAGUGCUGCUACAAGACUGGGUGGGAUCAAACCCACACCUCAUGCUUGCAGUUUCUGGCGGACUGGCUGGAGAUGGGAUUAUUUCCCGAAUUGGAAAGGCCAGUGCGGAUUCUGCCAACCUCCGACACUUAUGGUGCCGAAGUGAUGAACCUGUUUUGUCUUUGUUGUUCGAGUCUCCUUGUGCCCGAUCGUCAAAUUUCUAUCUUCUUUAUUCCAGCUUACCCCCUCGAGGUGACCUGCGAGUUCACCUCAGUGUCGAUGGUGGUGUGGCGCGCAUGCAAAGUCUUCCACUCGGAUUCUGGUUUCCUGACUCAAAUCGAGCCACCUGGCAAAUCCCAUUGGGUCAACCAACCACUAACAGCGUGGGCAGUACCCCACUUCAGACCAAUGCACUGCCUACCGCGAACCUGAACACAUCCGGUACCAUUCGUGCCAAGUUUAUCCUCACAAACGGUCCCGGUCGACCACAGCCUGUGGCCUUACAAUUCUUCCGCGAGGACUGCCUUGCCAGUGGUGUCCUACUAGAGUUGGAAGGCUCGGAUUAUCGCCUUAGCCUGUGCAAACGACGGGUGAUUGGCGAUCGAUAUAUUUGUGAUCCACCUAGUCAUUCUCCACGAUUUCAAUUACACCCCGCACCCCACGCACUGAAGACAAUCGGUCUGCAACCAAAACCUCCCAGUCGCAUUCCACUCCCUCACUCCGAUGGUCUUCCUCAAUCAAUUCGAGAUUCCCCGUCUCUUGCUGCUAAAGCCGAAGACAGCAUCCCCUAG